AUGGCAACACUUCAACACCGUAAUCUUGUAAAACUUCUUGGUGGUUCUAUUCAACAAGAUGAGAAGUUGUUGAUCUAUGAAUUCACGCCCAACAGAAAUACAUUGCAAGGCAAAUCCCUAGAUUGGACUAAAUGGUUGAAAAUUAUCGACGGAAUUGCUCGGGGUCUUAUGUAUCUUCAUCGAGAUUCUAGACUAAGAAUAAUACAUAGAGACAUCAAAACAAGUAACAUUCUUCUUGAUGACAAUAUGAUUCCAAAGAUAUCAGAUUUUGGAUUAGCAAGAAUAUUUGGAGUAGAUCAAGCCGAAGGAAACACAAACAGAGUGAUGGGAACACAUGGCUAUAUGCCUCCAGAAUAUGCAGUGCAUGGUUGUUUCUCAACCAAAUCUCAUGUUUUCAGUUUUGGAGUAAUUGUUAUUGAGAUAAUUAGUGGAAGGAAGAAUCGUGGAUUUCGUGACCCUCACCAUCAUCUUCUCAACCUUCUUGGCCAUGCGUGGAGAUUAUGGAAUGAAGAAAGGCCAUUGGAAUUAAUGGAUGAGAUAUUAGAUGAUGGUGCAGACUUAUCUUUAGAAAUAUUACGGUGUAUUCAUGUGGGUCUACUGUGUGUACAACAGAAUCCAGAAAAUAGGCCUAAUAUGUCAUCUGUUGUUAUUUUUCAUUGCAAAACUUAUUACUCUGUCAUCAACAAGUCUGGUUACAAUGUCCACAAGUUUCUGUGGUAA